GCACCAGGCAUCUAGUUUUUAAAUAAAGAAUUACUAAGCACUACACUGUGCCAGGCAUUGUGUUAGCACUGGGAAUGCAGGAAUGAAUAACUCACAGGUUCUUUCGGCGUCCUUACAGUGUAGUGGGGAUUGCAGCUGCCGAGCAGGGAUUCUGGGAAGCAUUGCGCACCUGAGCCCCCAGCAUGGCGGGCCUGAAGCGACGGGCGAGCCAGGUGUGGCCAGAAGAGUGUGGUGAGCAGGAGCACGGGCUGUACAGCCUGCACCGCAUGUUUGACAUCGUGGGCACCCACCUGACACACAGAGAUGUGCGCGUUCUUUCUUUCCUCUUUGUUGAUGUCAUUGAUGAACAUGAACGUGGCCUCAUCCGAAAUGGACGUGACUUCUUAUUGGCGCUUGAGCGCCAGGGCCGCUGUGAUGAGACUAACUUCCGCCAAGUGCUGCAGCUGUUGCGCAUCAUUACUCGCCAUGACCUCCUGCCCUACGUCACCCUCAAGAGGCGGCGGGCUGUGUGCCCUGACCUUGUAGACAAGUAUCUGGAGGAGACAUCAAUUCGCUAUGUGACCCCCAGAGCCCUCAGUGAUCCAGAACCAAGGCCUCCCCAAUCCCCUAAAACAGUGCCUCCUCACUAUCCUGUGGUGUGCUGCCCCACUUCAGGCCCUCAGAUGUGUAGCAAGAGGCCAGCUCGAGGGAGAGCCACACUUGGGAGCCAGCGAAAACGCCGAAAGUCAGUGACACCGGAUCCUAAGGAAAAGCAGACAUGUGACAUCAGACUGCGGGUUCGGGCUGAAUACUGCCAGCAUGAGACUGCUCUGCAGGGCAAUGUUUUCUCCAACAAGCAGGACCCACUUGAGCGCCAGUUUGAGCGCUUUAACCAGGCCAACACCAUCCUCAAGUCCCGGGACCUGGGCUCCAUCAUCUGUGACAUCAAGUUCUCUGAGCUCACCUACCUCGAUGCAUUCUGGCGCGACUACAUCAAUGGCUCGCUCCUAGAGGCACUGAAAGGCGUCUUCAUCACAGACUCCCUCAAGCAGGCUGUGGGCCACGAAGCCAUCAAGCUGCUGGUGAACGUGGAUGAGGAGGACUACGAGCUGGGCCGGCAGAAACUCCUGAGGAACUUGAUGCUGCAGGCCUUGCCCUGACCUUCCCUCCUGGGACUGGUCCCAUCACUCACCUCUGGAGCGUACAUACUGUUCUGGGGUUUUUUCUCUCCCCUUCCAACCAAUCACACCCCUGCCUUUUUUUUUUUUUUUUUUUUUAAGGAAAAGACAAAGGAAAAUGGAAGUGGUGUUUCCCACCCCUCCCUACACCCAUGUGCCUGGGCUUCCCUGUUUCCCUUUCCACUCACCCCCCGUGUGUCUGCAGCCGCCUUUACUACUGAGCCGCGAGGUAGAGGUGUAGGGAGAAGCGAAGUCUGUGGGACAGUCUGUAAGGGACGUCAGUGAACACUGCGUGUGGGUGCGCUGAGGGCUGUCAGUGCUUCUGGCUUUAUGAGGCUCUUACAUUUUGUCUGAAAACCAAAGGGCUGUGAGUAAGGGAGCUGUGUUGUGUGGAAGGUGAGACUCUGAAGUGUAUUUUGGAAAUUAAUCACCACCCUCUCCCAAAUUAUAGACUUUUUAAAAAAGAAA